GUCUCUGUGUGUCCACGCCAUAGCGUGAACACACACACACACACACACACACAGAGCAAGCAUCCAGGUCCCACAUCCUGGUACUUUUCAGCGUUGUCAAGCACGGCUGGCUGGCGGAAAGUAGCUGCGGUGUCCGGGCAAAAUAGCUGUCCAAAAACGUUCAUAAAACUGUCCCGGAAAGUUAGGUGUAACUAAAAGGACACCUGCAUACCGAUGUGAUGUCUGAGAGAUUUGGCAGCUGCUCUUCAGAGCAAAAACACCUACUGCGGCAUCAUAUAGGAGGACACCAUGUAAGUUAAUGGCAGUGAGGAUUCUAGACUGAGGCGAUGAAUUGAAACAGCGUGACAAGGGAAGAGCCAACCAGUACUGUUGGAUGAGAACUGAUGGGCUGUCCAAGCUGGCAAUAGCAUGCCAAUUGCAAAAGGUAAAGGUGGUUCAAUGUCCCACCGCUACCGGCCUGCCUCAGAAUAUGAUGAUGCCACCCUUGCCCAAAAGAGAGAAUACUGGAGAACCAAGAAACGAGAGCAGAGGGCCAGACUGUCAGAGCAAAGAGGAAAGCCAACACAAGACAGUCGAGGAGAAAAGCUUCCACAUCGAAAUACCCCUGCAGUGGUAAAUUCCAGUUUAUCUGGCUCCUUUUCUGCUUUCUCAUCUCCUUUGCAGAGUAAUGAUGAGUCAUACAAAACAGCCGGUGUCUUUCCUGCAUCACAGAGUGGAUAUACAGUGGGGGACAGAUCAGUUGAAGCCACUGAAAGCCAAAAGGAGAAGUGGCUUCAAACAAUGAAACUCAACAAGGUCUUGCCUCAGUUGCCAGCAUCAUGUUCCAUCUCAGCCAAAGCUGCUGGAGGCAACACAGCCACAGUGAAAUGCCUAACAGCAAGGGGUGCUGUGAGCAGAGCUGUUACCUCACCCACACCCAGUGGAACCCAGCCGAACACCAGUUCCUCAGUGCCUCCAGUCAGAGUGACCAGAAUUACCAAUGGCAUCUCCGCUAAAACAAGACCUCAGCCAUCUGUGUCUAUGCAGGGCGCAUCUGUCCCCAAAACGCAACAUAAGGCACAAGUUAAAUUACACAUUCAACCCAAACUCUUACCCACCAAUGUGACCACAGGUAUGAUUCUUGUGUCUUCUCCUUGUGUCCCUGUUUCUAUUAAAACAGAGGACAAAACGGCAAACACAACACCUCAAUGUGGAACAAAGAGUGCCUUGGUCACCUCGCAGAGGGCUAAAUGUGUUCGUAACUCACAACCUUCCUUGGAGUCCGAGGAGGAGAGAGCAGCUAAGCGCAGAGAGCACUGGCGGAUCAAAAAGCGAGAGCAGAGAGCAAAGGUGGCAGCUCGGAUAGCUAAAGCCAGAGAGAGGAUGCAGAGCGCAGAGAUAACAUUACAAAGGCAAACAGCACAAAAAACAGUGGGCGGCACGAUUCUUCAGCAUCUUCCAUCUCAGUCGUUUUUGAGAGGAGUAGGCCAGAAGCAGUGUCCUACUCGAGUCAAAACUUCAUUUACAUCUGCCAAAAGGGAACAUGAUAAACUGCAAAGUGGGACAGCGAGUUUAGCUACAGUUAACCUGCAAGCAGAUCAGAUAAAAGUACAAAAUCCACAUGGGAAUAGGACAACACAGACAGCCAACGCAUCUGAUGUUAUUUCUGUGAAAAAGCCAGGGGAGUCACAUAGAAAGCUUCCAAAUUAUGUACAUCUUUCUAAUGUUUCCCGAGGGAUCGCACGAUGUAAAACACCUAGACAGAGGUUCAUUGAAGCCCAGAAGAAUUUCAUGAGUCAAAGAAACAUAAGAUGUAAAUCCCCGUUGCUUGCUUCAGUCUUUGGUACCAGAAAUAUCCCCAAAAUUGACCCCAACGACACACCUGAGCAGAUAAUAGCCAAACGGAGAGAGUACUGGCGGAUUAAAAAGCGCGAACAGCGAGCUAAGCUGUCGAUGGAGGUGAAGGCUAGGUUGAAGGAGAAGGACUCUCUGAUGCGAAGAGUGAAACGUUACCAGAAAAUCCUAGAGGAGAUGAGGAGGGCCAGAGCGCUGACGCAAUCAGCAGGAAGCACCCUUACCCACGCCUCUGAGACCAUUGGAGGGUUCAUCAAAGAGGACGGGACAGUGACCAUUAACAUUCCCCAGGUUCCUACAGAUCACAGCACAGCAGCACACAAAAGUAAAGAAGAGUUUCAUGUAGUUUCUAAUAAUACCCCCAUCACAAAACCUCAGCAUCAACCUGAUACUAAACGGAGAGGUAUUGCACCCAUUUGUGUAAACCAGUCCCCCCCUCCGCUGCACCCAGCUCAGGUGAAAGUCUCUUUUCCACUUGCUGGACAGUCGGUCAACAAGCCUCAAAGACUACUGUCAACCAAACCAAACCAACUUGAAAGCACAACUAUUCCUAAUUCACACCCAUUAGCAAUCCAAACUGUAGGUCAGCUUACACUCACUCAUCCUCAAACCCCUGAAAAUGCUGUUUCUGGAGAAUCAACAGCAGGGUCGACCCUCGGUGGCUGUGUCAUGAAAAUGGCUGUCUCAAGUAGUGCACCAUCACUGUCAGUGCUCUCUCUGGAUCCAGAGUUGACAGAGGAGGAGAGGAUGGCAAAGAAGAGGGAGUACUGGAGGAUAAAGAAACGUGAGCAGCGAGCAGCUCGUGCUGCUCGAUUCAAGCAGGGUGUCUUACAAGCAAGGGCCAGUGUGGCCUUACAGAGGAGGAAGGCCCAGAAGCAAGUAGCAGUAACCACUGCACCACUUAGCAAAAGGCUUACUAAAGAUACAGGAAAUACACAACCUCUUCCCAACAACAAUGUGCCUGUUACGCCACAUUCAAGUGAAAUAAAACAAGAGUGUGAGUCUAUGCCAGCAGUUGACCUAAAUUCUCAACCAGAAGAAGCCAUCUGUCCAGAUAUCAAAGCCCCAACCUCUCCACCACCACCUCCAGUGCUUCAGCCAGAGCCUGACCCAGCUGUGAAUGCAGAUAGCCAAGCUACCACUCUGCUAGCUGUGGCCUCUAUGAAGAAACUCCUGGAGGAAUCACUUAGCACUGUGUCGGAGUGUAAAAGUGAGCAGACUGAUAUUAAAGUAGAGUCAACGGAAGAGGCUCCAGAGCCAGUGAUGAAGCCAAAUUUACCUCAGCUCUUUUUUGAAAAGGAUGAGGUGGCUCCUAUUGCUGCUGACCUGACGCUGGAGAUAAAAAGCUGGCCUCCAGAUACUGAUGCCUUGGUACAAGAAGGUUCCAUAAGCCCUCAUUUCAAGGACUCACAAAUUAGCGAGACAUCUCCACCUCUUCCUACCUCCAAUGAGCUAGUCCUGUAUCCCACCUGUGAGCAUGCAUCCCAAACCCCUACUAACUUCAUAGUAAACCCCUCCGUGGAAGCCUCUGACAGCCCAUCUUCACCACGCAGAACUCAGAGGCUCUGCACCAAAAAAGCAGGCCAUCAAAACUGUUGUUCGCCAGAGCCGCCAAAGCUACAUCACCUACCCAUGGAUCAACUACAACCACAGCAACAACACUGUGAACAACAGUGUCAGGCACAAGAACAAUGCCAAAACAGCAAUUCACCAUCAGCACAAACAUAUCGCAGUGUGGUAACGGAGCACAGUGGUUUGACCAGCCUGCAGAGGAAGAGGGAGUACUGGAAGCUGAUGAAGAGGCAGCAAAGGGCCAGGUUAAAGGCCAGGCAGAAAGAAAGACAGGAAUGCAGCAGUCGGCUUUCCCAGAAAAACAUCCAGGCUCCAGGUCUCGUUAUUAUCAACACUGUUAAGGGUGUGAAUCCUCGAGCAAAACCAGCCCUCCAGCCCGAGCCAUCCAUUUCUUCUCUGACUGCAGUGACCAGUAUCCCUACGGUCCUGGUCGUUAGCCCUACAACAUGUAAUGCCGAACAGUCACCUGACACACUCCAGGUCAAAUUGCCCGUCACCAGUGUCUCCUGUUCACACAAAAGCGAGCAGAACAACAUGAACGUUGGGCCUUCACAGAUCAUGUCCACUCCAGAAAAUCAGCAACAAGCCAUGCCAGGUUCCCAAAAGUGGAUGUCUAGAAGCACAGAUGUAGACUCAGUCCCCUCCCUCCCUACUCUGAAGCCCCCAGACAACCCACUGUCCAGCAUCAACCUGCACCCCAUUGAACCCCCUGGUCAAACUCCAGAUUCCACCCUCAGUCCAAUAAAAAUUCCUUUUGCCCAAAUUCCGAGCCCCACACAGAUGAUACAAUCUCCCACAAAGCUAGCACCUAUAAGCACCAUGGUUCCGCCAAAGCCCAUCCCAGGGGAGUCUGAGGAGGAUUUUCUGAGGAGGAAGCGGGAGUACUGGAGGAUAAAAAAGAAGGAGCAGAGAGCCAGGAAGGCCAUUCGGGACAAGGGAAUCACCCCAAGGAGACCCUCCAACAACUGGAGGCCCAUCCUGCCUGCCCAGGACCUACAAACACAAGUAAGAGCUGCACAGGAUUCUGGUCAGUGGGUGAGCUACUCUGAGGAGUCAGAACAUCUAAUGAGCACUUCAGUGGACACCGACCCGGGAUCCUUUGCAUACUCACAUUACACAGCACCAGUAGAAGAUGAGUCAGAAUUUCUGUUCCCUGACUAUGAGAAUAAUAAUGGCGAGGAAGGUCCUGUCUCAGAUGGCGUGUGGAGGAACCGCUACCUCAUGGACUACGAUCCGCUCAACCAGCUGCUGGUGUGCAUGGUGUGUGGGGAGCUGCAGUACUCCCACAGCCUGGAGGGAGUGAGAGCCCACAUCGACGAGGCCCACCCAGAGACCCUGAACCUGGAGCCCGUGGAACAACAGCAAAUACUGGAGGCCUGGGACGAGCAGGUAUCCCAGCGGGAACGCUUCUUCACCAGCCAGCUCCAGCAGCAUAGCGGGGCCCUGGCAGAAGCACAUGGGAACUGAACAGCAGAGGACAUGACUGCAGCAGACAACUGAAGACCACGGACCAGGAGACAAAACCCACACUUCUUUAUUAUAUUAUUUAUUUAUUGUAAUUUUUAUUCAUCUGUUUACUUUCAUAGGAAGUCACCUUGAAAGAGAAUGCUGUAUAGGGAACAUUCACCCCAAAAAACAGCUUUACCUCGCUUCCUACCAGGGUUGUAAUGUGGGUUUAUGAAAGUCAAUAUGGACGUUUUUUAUAUUGAAGCUGGCACAACUGAGAAUUUGUGAUAAUAUUUAAAAUAUUUAAAGGAGAAGUCCAAUAUUCUGGGAAAUACAGUCUUUGUGCUGAGCUAGGCUAAAAGCAUCCUGGAUGUAUCUCUGUAAUGGACACAGAUAAAACUUCCUAAAAUCUUCAAUUAUUUCUUUAAAUGUAGCCAUUUUAAACCUUAAAAACUAUAAACAUUCAGUAUCUCCCACAGACUUUAAAGGGUAAUUCCGGUAUUUUUUAAACCCGGGCCCUGUUUUUACAUAUUUUGGGGUCAGACAACAUUAUGGAAAGGAUCCCUACAGAGACAGACCUUUUUGUUAAAGAGUAAGAUUUUUUUUUUAACCAGAAACAGAAGUCUUGCUCAAGAAGAAGUCUUGCUCUGAAAUCUUGCAAGAGGUGAGUUGUUGCAGGAUGACGAUGGUGGAAACGUGAGUCAGUAAGUCAUCUUACUCUUUAACAAAAAGGUCUGUCUCUGUAGGGAUCCUUUCCAUAAUGUUGUCAGACGCUUAGAAUAACAAUCUGAGCCUGUCAGUGGCAAAAACGAGCACUUUAAGUGGACAUACUUUUGACAAGCACAGUCGCCCAUAAGGUUUACCUUGCAGCCAUUGCAGCCCAUUUUGCGGCUGCUGGCUGAGGCGAUCUACUGGACCAAUUCCAAAACCUUUUGUACCAAUUAGUCAUUUAGACCCAAAAAUAUGUAAAAAUAGGGCCCAGGUUUAAAAAUACCGGAAUUACCCUUUAAUUCAAAUCUGAUAGAAAACUCUCAGCAUUUAGACCAUCAUAGGAGAAUAAAAUCCUUCCUUUAAGCAGACUAGUAACUUUUUUGAUAAAACCAUUGGUGACAUGCUGAAAUUGAGCCCUAUUUAUGACCUCAGCAUUUCGUACAUAAAUCCGUGAUUCAGUCACAUAGUGUACCCUACACACACCCUGGGGGGGAAAAAUCGAAAACUUUGUGUGAUCCCACAGAUGUCUAUUAUCUGCCCACAGUGAUAAAAUAUUUGCCUGGAGUGAAACCAACAAUGAAAUCCAACAUUUCCACAAACUGUGCUGCUCUGUUCAACCCCUCUUCUCCGCUGUGCUAGCUAGGGCAGGACGAGGUAGUGGCCAGCUCAGCACCGAGAUAUUGUUUUCGUCAUUUUAUCAUUCCGGGAAGCCAGUAGACAUCUCUGAGAUCAUGAAAAUACAACCUGCUGCUGGAUAGCAGGUAAAAGUAAUAUUUUGAAUUUUCCCCCCUAAGGUUUGCACAGGGAACGACGGUAUGUGAUCGAAUCACAAAGUUAGGUAUGGAGUGCUGAAGUCACAAAUGGGGCUAGCUAAAAUGUAGUGUAGCACAAGUACAGAGUCAUAAAGCAAACUGACCCAGUGAAGUCAGCUACACAGCAGUAACGUUAAAGUAUCUAUCUAAAGUUUGCUAACAUUAGCCACCAUAAGCUACUGGUCAUACCACACCAAGUAAGGCUGUAGCAGCAAAACCCCUGAGUGUACUGAAGUGAGCAAGGGUGUGUUUUAUGGCUUUUGAAUUUCAGUUUUUAUUGGUAAGAGGAAGAUUGUCUUAUUUAUAAAGUUACAUAUUCUUUAGAGGUCAUUAGAGGGUUUAGCACCCUCUGCAGCCAGAGAGACCCACCUUACCUGAUAAGCAAACUGUGGGAUAUAUUACUGCUCUAAAAUGUUGAAUUAAUGUACAUCAAACACUGUUGAACAAUUCAACUAAUAAAGAAAAUGGGUUAAAAAGACAUUAAAAUGAAAUGUCAGGUUUUGAAGCAUGUGUUAACAUAGCUGUUGUCAGAAUCACAUCAGUUGAACAACACUGACACAUUGAUAUCUGAUAGUUACAAUACAUUUAAACCCCCUGUAUCAGCCAGAAAAGAAACUAUGUCACACACAUACAGGACAGGAGUUAAUUUUUUAGAGCUGACACUUCCUAUCAGUUUUGUAUACAGUUUUCUUCUGCACUUCUGGUCUGGCAGGCUUGCAUUCAGGUCCAAAACUGUUCUAGACCCUUGUUAGUUAUUGGAUUGUUGCAUGGGCGUCUAGAACUGUUCCACAUGUUUUUGUAUGUGGUACUGCACCGUGCUGUUCUCCAAAUCCUACAUAUUUUCCAUGAUGACAACUUUUUGUAUUGAGACAACUUUUUUCAGUAACUUUCUCAACUCUGUAAAACAUCUCUGCAGUUCAUAUCAGCUUCGCCAUAUGACGUAAAACAUCAAACCAACUUUCUGCACUGUAAAUACACAAAAUACUAAAGUGGUUAUGAGAUGCCAAAUUUUUCUUUAACUGUGCUGUUUAACAAUUUUUUGAGCAACUUUAUUUAUUAUUUAUUGAAUCUCCUAUUAUAUAAUGAUUAUUGAUGAUGCAUUACACAUAUCCGUAGAUAAUUCCAUGUUAGAGAAGUUUCUCAUUUGUGAGUAUUGAGGAUCCAAAGGCUUUCCUGCAUGAGUAGUAAAUGGAUGAACAGUUGUAUAUCAGAGAUGAACUCUGGAAUGCAUUCCCAUGUUUUUGUAUGAUUUUCAUUAAGAGUAAAAUGCUGAAAUAUUCUUCUGUUUGAGCACAAAGCUGUGGAGGUCAGUCAUGCUUGGAGAAACUGCCUGCACAGCUACAACACCGUGUAAAUAGCUGGAAGUGACCAAGCUAUUUUACCUUCUGAGAAUGUAAUUCUGACUUGAUGACUUGUUUACCAGUUCAAAGGGAAUGUUUAAAUGCCUUUUCAGUAAUAAACCUUUUUUACCUUUA